CACUGGCGUGCGGUCUUGUCGAGAUGGGUGCUGCAUUAUCGCGGUGUGACGACGCGUGCGCGCAUCUGCUGGGCGCUGAGGAAGGAGAGAUGCGCAUUCCACCAAGGCGGCAGCGUCUGGAGGAUCAGUUGUGGGAGAUGUACCUGGACGACGAGAGGUGGCGAGGCCGCGUUACCCUCCCGCAGAUGAAUCUCAACACCCAGGAGAUCCUGUGGGAGAUCCUCGAGGGCACCCUCACGGCUCAGAGAGCGGCGACUCUCGUGACCGGGGCGGAACUCCGCGUGAUCGUCCAGAUAGGCGACAGCUACCAGUGGGGCCUCGUGGAGCUCAUCAUGGAGAGGCGGCCGCCGCUGCCUGAAGCCUGCGAGAUCAUCGACCUCCUGCUCCAGGCAGGCGCCCCGGACGUCACUGCAGGAGACCCCAGCUCCCUCAAGCACGCCAUCACCCGCGGCAAGUACGAUGUGGCCACCGUCAUGCUGCGCCACGUCAAUCAGAACAGCCCCAACCUGCUGCGGCUGCAUCUCCUGCAUGUGGUGGCGCGGGAGAACCACGACAUCCAGCCCGCCGUGAAGCUGGCGAUGGUGAGCAGCCUGGUGGAGCUGCACCCCGGCCAGCUCCUGGAGCGUGAUCGCAACCAUCGGCUGCCCAUCCACGAAUUCUGCCGCCAUCCUCUCAGCAGCGAGGCCGCACAGGAGGGGCUCAUCGACCUGCUGGUGAGGGAUGGCGACCGAUACACCCUCAACACGACCGACAGGGCGGGAGCCACGCCCCUUCAGCUCGCCGCCUCCGACCUCAACGCCAGCGGUCUGCUGCGGGGACUGCUGCGGCACGGUGCCAAUUUGUGGUCGGCAGGGGUGCCGAGAAGCAGCCGGCUGGGGAGGGUGGAAUGGAUGCAACGCGUCGUUGACGCGCAUCUUGCCUACCUUCGACACAACUUGCUCCGGCUGGUCCGCCGCUCCCUCAACCGCGCGCUACAGCCACUUUGGUCCAUCCGUGCGGCCACCGACAACGGGAUUUUGAGGGAGAUCAAGAUGAAAAUCGCCGGCUACAUGUGCAACGCCAUUCCGCUCUACCUGCCCGCCCCUCUCCGACACCGCAUCAGCAAGAUCACCCGCCUCUUCAUCACGGCGGCCCUGGAGAGGACCACUGCAGGCCCCCAGGGAGCAUGUUGAUGUGUCCAAAAUGCGCUUUGGAUUCGCUGCCAACCAUUGUGCUGUGUCGCUCAAGGAGCUGGUGGAGAUGGCGGUCAGAAAGGAGGAGGGACUGUGGGGCGAGGCAGUGACGGUGCAGCUGCCGUGCAGGGACUUGCGAGUCGUGGCGUGUGGCAGCACGCAUCACGCCGCGGCACAGUAGGAAUGGGAUGAGGUGUAUGUAUGGAGCUCAAUGGGUAAAGUGAAUCGGUACGGGCAGGGGGUCUGUGUGUGUGGUGGGUGGAUGGCUGCGUGGCUGCGUGGGUGCUGUCAUGUGAAUUCGGUGGGGGCAGGCAGGUAUAUAUAAACACAUACAUAUACGCGACACACCAGUGUCCGUUUGGUAUGAGGGGGCAAGGAACGGCAGGUGCGAAAGGGCGUUUUCUUGGUGUGCUAGGUUAGGUGGUAGGUGGUGUGGACGACGAAGGCAAG